AUGAUUCAUGGAUUUGGUUAUGACUCUAUUGCUGAUAACUAUAAGGUGAUUUGUCUUGAAACAUUUGAACCAUUAUUUGGUGAUGAUGAGCUAGGUAUCAAACAAUCAUUGUUGUUGCAAGAUGAAUCCCUUCAACCCUUUUGGCAGAUUUAUAGCCUAAAAAGUAACUCGUGGAAGAAACUCUAUGUCAAUAUGCCUCAUUCUUCAACUUUGCUCGUGGCCGGUUAUCAUGGAAAUUUCCGAGUGUAUAUGAAUGGAGUGUGUCAUUGGUUGUCUAUGCCUCAUUGUCAUUGGAGUGUUCCUUUUUCUGCAGAAGCAUGUAUUGUAUCAUUUGACUUAAACAAUGAGACGUUCUUUGUCACACCCAUACCCUUUUACGUUAGACUGACAUGGACACAAUUGACAGUGUUGAAUAAUUCCAUUGCCUUGAUCUUCUUCGCUAUGAAAACAAAUAUUUUUCACAUAUCAAUUUUGGGUGAAGUUGGUGUGAAGGAAUCAUGGAUCAAACUCUUCACUGUUGAAAAACCUUGCGCUAUAGAUAAGUUUCCUAUGGGAGUCGGUAUGAAUGGUGAAAUAGUCUUUGCAAAUGACGACAACAAACUACUUUUGUUUGAUUUAAAUACCAACAAGAUUGUUGAGCUUGGACUUAAAAUAAGAGAUAGAUUGACUCUUGGUCAGAUUAAAGUUUACAAGAAAAGCCUUCUUCCAAUCAAAAGAAUAAAUUAA